CUGUGCGUCCUGGGCUGCCUGCUGGGCCGGGCGGCCGCCGCGCCGUCGCCCAUCAUCAAGUUCCCCGGCGACGUCGCCCCGAAAACGGACAAAGAGCUGGCCGUGCAAUACCUGAACACCUUCUACGGCUGCCCCAAGGAGAGCUGCAACCUGUUUGUGUUGAAAGACACGCUGAAGAAGAUGCAGAAGUUCUUCGGGCUGCCCCAGACCGGUGACCUGGACCAGAACACCCUCGAGACCAUGCGGAAGCCGCGCUGCGGCAACCCCGACGUGGCCAACUACAACUUCUUCCCCCGAAAGCCCAAGUGGGACAAGAACCAGAUCACAUACAGGAUCAUUGGCUACACACCUGAUCUGGACCCCGAGACCGUGGAUGACGCCUUCGCCCGUGCCUUCCAAGUCUGGAGUGAUGUCACACCCCUGCGUUUUUCCCGAAUCCAUGAUGGAGAGGCUGACAUCAUGAUCAACUUUGGCCGCUUGGAGCAUGGCGACGGCUACCCUUUCGACGGCAAGGACGGCCUCCUGGCGCACGCCUUCGCUCCGGGUGUUGGCGUUGGGGGUGACUCCCACUUUGACGACGAUGAGCUGUGGACCCUGGGAGAAGGCCAAGUGGUCCGCGUCAAGUACGGGAACGCCGACGGCGAGUACUGCAAGUUCCCCUUCCUGUUCAACGGCAAGGAGUACAACAGCUGCACGGACACCGGCCGCAGCGACGGCUUCCUCUGGUGCGCCACCACCUACGACUUCGACAAGGAGGGCAAAUAUGGCUUCUGUCCCCAUGAAGCCCUGUUCACCAUGGGCGGCAACGCCGACGGACAGCCCUGCAAGUUCCCGUUCCGCUUCCAGGGCACGUCCUACAACAGCUGCACCACCGAGGGCCGCACCGACGGCUACCGCUGGUGCGGCACCACCGAGGACUACGACCGCGACAAGAAGUACGGCUUCUGCCCCGAGACCGCCAUGUCCACCGUCGGCGGGAACUCGGAGGGCGCCCCCUGCAUCUUCCCCUUCACCUUCCUGGGCAGCAAGCACGAGAGCUGCACCAGCGCGGGGCGCAGCGACGGGAAGAUGUGGUGCGCCACCACGGCCAACUACGAUGACGACCGCAAGUGGGGCUUCUGCCCCGACCAAGGGUACAGCUUAUUCUUGGUGGCGGCUCACGAGUUUGGCCAUGCAAUGGGGCUGGAGCACUCCGAGGAUCCGGGUGCCCUGAUGGCCCCUAUUUACACCUUCACCAAGCACUUCCGGCUGUCCCACGAUGACAUCAAAGGCAUUCAGGAGCUCUACGGGGUCUCGCCGGACACUGACCCAGGCACUGGCACCGGCCCGACCCCCACACUGGGCCCCGUCACGCCCGAGAUCUGCAAACAGGACAUUGUCUUCGAUGGCAUCUCCCAGAUCCGCGGGGAGAUCUUCUUCUUCAAGGACCGGUUCAUUUGGCGGACAGUGACGCCACGUGACAAGCCCACAGGGCCGCUGCUGGUGGCCACUUUCUGGCCGGAGCUUCCAGAGAAGAUCGAUGCCGUGUACGAGGCCCCGCAGGAGGAGAAGGCUGUGUUCUUUGCAGGGAAACAAUACUGGGUCUAUUCUGCCAGCACCCUGGAGCGAGGGUACCCCAAGCCGCUGACCAGCCUGGGACUGCCCCCUAGUGUUGAGCGUGUGGAUGCAGCCUUUAACUGGAGCAAGAAUAAGAAGACGUACAUCUUUGCUGGAGAGCAGUUCUGGAGAUACAAUGAAGUGAAGAAGAAAAUGGACCCCGGCUUCCCCAAGCUCAUCGCAGACGCCUGGAACGCCAUCCCCGACAACCUGGAUGCCGUGGUGGAUCUGCAAGGCAGUGGUCACAGCUACUUCUUCAAAGGUGCCUAUUACCUGAAGUUGGAGAACCAAAGUCUGAAGAGCGUGAAGUUUGGAAGCAUCAAAUCCGACUGGCUGGGCUGCUGAGCUGCUCCUGUCCACAGGCCCCUCCUCUCCACGACCUCCAUGCAGAGGCACAGCGGGCCCUUUGCACCAGGGACGCCCCGGGUGGCCUGGCAGCCUUCAGCUCAAUAGUUAAUCGGCAUUCUCGCCCCGCCUGGUAAUUUAAGAUUCUAGAGAUUGGCUCUGCCCUGUGCUCAAGAAAAGGUGCUGAUUGUACCCCUCCAGGUGCCACUUCCCCCUCCAUAACCCAUCAGCCCUCCAGAACCACCCCCAAAGGGAUACUUUGAUAUUUUGAUGCAGCCCAGCCUAGGGCUGCCCUGGUGCUGCCCCCUCUCCGGCUCUUAUCCCUCCACCGCCUCUGUGGCUCACAGCAUCUGCAGAGCCCACAGAGACUCUCAGGAGGGCACUGGUGGCCCGACAGCCUGGCCCAGCCCAGAGCUGUAGGGUUGGGGCACGACGGAGAGCCGCCACGGACACCUGGCUUCUCGCCCCUGAGAACCUUCCCUCCGUUUGCAGACACUUUCUUUUCCUCUGCCCUUUUCCAUUUGUUCCCCUCUGACACUGCAUUCCUGACGGAAGGACUCAGGGUGUCUGAAGCGUCCUCCCGUCCUCCCUCCCGUUGCAUCUCAGCCCACCUAGGGACGGUUGCCUUGCUCACUGCAUUUAGAAUGUCCCCACCCCCCACUGCCUCCACUGGAUGGAGGACAACCACACCACGGCUCUCCGAUCAGCCGCCCCCCCCCGCUCCCUGCAACAAUUCCCCAUGGGAAACGUGGACAAGUAUGAAUAAAGACACCAAUUGAGUGGCAGUGUUUGCGGAAGUUCUCAGAGCCUG